AUGGAAGCAGAAACAUCUUGGACUCAUUAUCCGUACAACUACAUUACUACAACAUACAUCACUGAAGCUGAACCAUACUCUGAGCAAAGCGAUGAUGAUGAGACCACCAAAGACCAAACCCUCUCAAUAGAUUCUCUCCUCCCAGACGAUUUACUUGAGAGAAUCUUAUCCUUUCUCCCUAUUGCAAGCAUCUUCAGAGCAGGAACCGUCUGCAGAAGAUGGAACGAGAUUGUAUCUUCACGAAGAUUCUUAUGGAACUUCUCCAACAACAACAACAACUCUGUCUCUCAGAAGCCUUGGUACUUCAUGUUCACUAGCACUGAUGAUCCAUCCGGUUAUCUUUAUGACCCGGUUAUCAAGAAAUGGUACACCUUUGAUCUCCCUUGUAUUGAGACAUCGAAUUGGUUUGUUGCUUCCUCUUGUGGAUUGGUUUGUUUCAUGGACAAUGACUGUAGAAACAAGAUCUACGUAUCAAACCCUAUCACUAAACAAUGGAGGAGGCUCAUUGAGCCACCAGGUCAUAAAUCUACAGACUACACAGCUUUGUCUACAUCCAUGAACAGAGCAAAACAGAGCUACUCUGUUUCUGUAGUGAAGUCAAAGCAAGUUCCGGGGGAUUUUUUUCAAUGGGAACUCUCUAUUCACCUCUACAGCUCUGAGACAAUGACGUGGACAACGUCCUUAACCGAUGUGUUAACCGGAUGGAGAGGAGGAGACGAGAGUGUGAUCAUCAACAAUGUUCUUUACUUCUUGAUUUACUCCACAGGAGGGUCUGAUCAUCGCCACGGCUUGAUUGCUUCCACCUUAUCAUCAUCCUCCUCCACGUCAUCUUUGAUGAGGAGUUUCAUUACAAUGCCGUGUUCUUUAACCUGUGGGAGGUUGAUGAAUCUCAAGGAGAGGCUUGUGGUUGUUGGAGGGAUAGGGAAGCAAGAUAGGCCAGACAUUAUCAAAGGGAUUGGGAUAUGGUGUUUGAGAGAAGGUGGGAGAGAGUGGCAAGAGAUGGCGAGGAUGCCUCAGAGAUACUUCCAAGGGUUUGGUGAGUUGGAUGAUGUUUUUGCGAGUAGUGGCGCUGAUGAUAUGGUUUAUAUACAGAGUUAUGGUUCUCCUGCGCUUUUGACUUUUGACAUGAAGUUGAAGUGUUGGAAGUGGUCUCAGAAGUGUCCUGUCUCCAAGAAGUUCCCUCUUCAGCUCUUUACUGGGUUUAGCUUUGAGCCAAGACUCGAGAUUGCUCCUUAA